AUGGUGCUAAGGAUGGCAAAACUCAGUGACGAUGACGACUACGAUGCCAGCGAUACCUCUUGGAAUGCACCACUUCCAUGGUCCGACUUUGGAAAUGAUCAUGCAUACAAUGGACUCCGAACUAGACGUCUUCCUCCAAGUCUUCCUACCAAUUUGCCCAAGUUACGAAAACAAGGUCAACCAACCUCUAUACAGCGAAAGGAGCCUGCGACCACACAAAAGGCCACAUCAUCUUGGUCUUCAUGCCUUGGAUAA